AUGGAGACAUCAGCUACCAUGAAAGUCGAGGACUCAAUGCCCAAGACUGCGACGAGGGUUACAAGUUCCGACUCCGUGGCAAUCAACUGGGAUUCUGAGCUGCAGCUAGUGUCUUCCUUAGCCAAGCUUCAGGAGCUUGAACGCAGGAUUCAUGAACUACGUCAAUUGGUGCCUAGCAACGACGUCGAUUCGCUCGACGCUCAGAUGAAUUUGCUUUUCGACAAGUCCGUUGAGCGAUUUCCAGAUUCCGCAGAUGAAGCAAGCAGCACUUUGGACGAGUCGACGCGUACCAAGAUGGAGCUUGUUGAUGGCUUCAUAUCCGCGUGGCAAAACUCUGACAUGAAGGAUGUCUGGGCACAUGUUGAAUCGCAAAUCAACGAUUCGGACAGUCACGUGCUACAGCCGACUGGAAUGUGGGAACGAGACUACGACGUCUUGCUUGACGAUCUCCUGCGCGCAGAGAAGACCAAAGAGCACCAGCACUCGCUUGAGAAAGAAGCUGCCGAACGGUCUCAGGCACAGGCCUCAGCGGAAAGCUGGAAGAGCAUCUUGGAACAAUUUGAGAAGAGAAAUACUCGCGGCGUCAAAGCUUCUGUCAUAUCACAGGUAACGCCAAAACUAUUGAUGGCUCUCCUGAAGACGGGAAUGAUUUUCUCGAUCCAGUGUGUCCAAUUACCUGAUGCUGAGGGGAGCACCGAGUGGAUGGUUUCAAUAAACGCGGUGCCGAAAAGAGCACCGUCCAAGAUUGAAGAAAGCAUCAUGCAGCACGUGAACUCGCGGCCACGAAAAUGGGAUCUUGCUUUUUUGAUGGACAUGAUCUCGUCAUACUCGGACCUGAAGCAGACCGUGUGCACAAAAUGCAAUCAGCUCACCGACACUUCCGCUCAGCUGCCAAUUCUUCGGCGUGUACAGGCGAUUCCGCCUGCAAAGCCAGAGGAUGAGGGUUUCGUCUUUGAUGCUUUGCACGCCAGUUGCGCCUGA